CUUGCCGUCUGUAGUUGCCUGGCAGUAAAGCUCAUACUCUAGGGACCUAGAGAUGGAGGAUGAGGCUGGUUGUGGUUACACAACCCCACAAUUCAAAGAAAGGAAACAAAGCUCCUACACAGGUCCCUGCUCUCAGCAGCCAGGCUGGUGCAUUGUUGCUCUAAUUCUAGGGACUAAGGCACUGCUGCAAGGAGUUGCAAUCGUCUUAGCUCUGCAAGCCUUGAGGGAGUGUUGUGAAAAGGCUGUGAAGACAGAGGCGUCACUAAGGCAUAACGCAAACCACACUUCAGUGGAAGAUACUCAUGGAGCUCACUCCUUGGUACUGAGCAGACUGAAAGAGAAUCUGUGUGGAAAUAAACAGGGAAUAGAGCGUGAGCUCUGCCCUCCUGAGUGGCUGCUGUAUAGAGGAAGAUGUUACUACUUCUCAGAGGAGAAGAAAAUCUGGCAGGCCAGCAAAGAUUAUUGUGCAGCCAGGAAAUCCAGCCUCCUGAUUUUUGAAAGUGAGGCAGAAAUGGGAUUUUUCAGUACCCAAUAUGAAGAUGCUAGUUUUCACUGGAUUGGAUUAAAUUUCAAAGAAGGAGGAUGGACGUGGCUUGAUGACCCCAAAUUACAAGGAUACAGUUUUACCAUGAAAGACAGAAAAGGUGGAGGGGGCUGUGCUGCUUUCAGGAAGCAGGAGAUUCAUGCGGAUAGCUGUCAUUCAAGUGGAUCUGUAAGAAACAGGCAACUCUGCUGGAUUUCUGAAACACUGCAGGAGGACUAG